AUGUCGCACAGACCGACUGAAACAAGAGAAAUGAAUGGACAGGCUGACAUUGAGGUCGAUUACAAGCGAAAAUAUAAAACUCUUAAACGGAAAUUAAAGUUUCUUGUCUAUGAACAAGAAUGCUUUCAAGAGGAGUUAAGGAGAGCACAGAGAAAACUACUAAAGGUUUCUAGAGACAAAAGUUUUUUAUUGGACAGACUAUUACAAUAUGAACGGGUAGAUGAAGAUUCCUCAGAUUCAGAGGCCACGGUUUCCUCUGAUAACAGUGAAGGAGAAGCACCAAUAAGGGAAAGAGAAUUAGUAAAAAAACGCAGGAGUAGCCCUGGUGCGUGUCUUCCUUCGUCGUCCUCUCACUUGUCCUUGCUGUCACGCUCCGGUAUGAACCCUCUACAGUCGUCCGGCUCUGGCUCCUACCUCAACUCUAUGCCAUUUCCACCAGAGUAUUUGGCUCCAACGUCUGACCGAGUGAAGAAAGAGAGAAAAACAAAAAUGCCCAAAAACAAGAAGGAAACAACUGGAAAGGUUGUUGCUCCCAAUUACUCCGCAGCCCCCACCUCCUCCCCUGCAGCUGGGGGCCCUUUCAGCUGGGUCCCUCGACAGAUGUUAAGUGGAGAUGUUGCCGAAGAGGAGGACAGCGAUGUGGACAGUGGAGCUGAUGACGACCGCGGGGAGGGAGACGAGGCAGAGUUAGUGAUAGAUAUCCCAAACGAUGGGAGUCAAUCCAGAUUUUCUCACCAUAUCAUUAUUGUUUAA